AUGACUGUCCAUCCGACCAUGGCGUCCUUCAACAACGGGUUGUGCCGCUUCGGCGGGUCUUUUGCGGACCCCGAUCGUCCGAGAAGUUGCGAGAGCCCCGGCGUGGCCACUGACGGACGUUCAGUGCCGGCCUCCCAACGGAGCUCGUCUAGGUCAGGCCUAGCGCCCGGUGUAGUUAUUGAUAGCCAGGCUCGCCGAGAGGAAGUAAAGGUCAGGAGCAACCCCGGCACCGGACCAGUUAUCCAGUUAUCGCCUCUCGGAUGCUUGGGCUCGGUACCAUCACAUCCUUCGUCCCGAAGCUCAGGAUGCCCUGCCACCUCUGAUAUACGUCAGGAAGGGGGUAAACCGUAA